UCCCUCCUCCUCGCUCCCGCUCCUCGCUGUAGAGGGCUCUGAGAGCAGCUCCCAGCCAGUGUGUGCAGCCUGCCUGCCUGCCGCUGUGUGUGUGUGUGAGCGCGUGUGCGUGCGCCUACUUUGUACCGCGAGGAACACAGCCCAUGUGCUCUGCAUGGACGUUCCUGACACUCUGUGCAGCGUGAUUCUCCACAGGCAGGCAAGAUGUCCAGCACGCCGCACGACCCCUUCUAUUCUUCUCCUUUCGGCCCAUUUUAUAGGAGACACACACCCUACAUGGUGCAGCCGGAGUACCGGAUCUACGAGAUGAACAAGAGACUGCAGUCUCGCACAGAGGAUAGCGACAACCUCUGGUGGGACGCGUUUGCCACGGAGUUUUUUGAAGAUGAUGCCACCUUGACCCUUUCCUUCUGUCUGGAAGACGGACCAAAGCGAUACACUAUUGGCAGGACCCUCAUCCCCCGCUACUUUAGCACUGUGUUUGAAGGAGGGGUGACUGACCUGUAUUACAUUCUCAAACACUCGAAGGAAUCGUACCACAACUCGUCCAUCACAGUGGACUGUGACCAGUGUGCGAUGGUCACCCAGCACGGGAAGCCCAUGUUUACCAAGGUGUGUACAGAAGGCAGACUGAUCCUGGAGUUCACCUUUGACGAUCUCAUGAGAAUAAAAACGUGGCACUUUACCAUUAGACAAUACAGAGAGCUGGUCCCAAGAAGUAUUCUCGCCAUGCAUGCACAAGAUCCUCAGGUCCUGGAUCAGCUGUCCAAAAACAUCACCAGAAUGGGGCUAACAAAUUUCACCCUCAACUACCUCAGGUUGUGUGUAAUACUGGAGCCAAUGCAGGAACUGAUGUCGAGACAUAAAACUUACAACCUCAGUCCACGAGACUGCCUGAAGACCUGCCUGUUCCAGAAGUGGCAGCGAAUGGUGGCACCGCCAGCAGAACCCACACGGCAACCGACAACAAAGCGGAGAAAAAGGAAAAACUCCACCAGCAGCACAUCCAACAGCAGCGCCGGGAACACUGCCAACAGCACCGGGAGCAAGAAGAAGACGCCGGCCGCCAACCUGAGUCUGUCCAGUCAGGUACCUAUUGCUAGCAUUGCUCGCUCUCCGGUGUCAGGCUGCGCACUAAGGACAUAAACUCGCGUGGUUGUUACACAUCAGGAGGCGAUGUUAAUUUCCUGUAGAGAUCAGAUAUGCACCUCGGCCCCCCGACACUGAGACCUGACCCCCAUUGUGUACAGCCCACCAGUGUGUCUGUCCCAGGUCCCCCAGCUCCUCCCGCUAGUGUCUUAGGCUGAGCUUCUCUCCCCCAAGGUUUCCCUGUAAUAAUGUCAGCUGCUGUUCACAGGAUGUGAUGGUGGUAGGAGAGCCAACUCUGAUGGGAGGUGAGUUUGGGGACGAGGACGAAAGGCUAAUCACUAGAUUAGAAAACACGCAGUAUGAUGCGGCCAACGGCAUGGACGACGAGGAAGACUUCAACAAUUCGCCUGCCCUGGGAAACAGCAGCCCGUGGAACAGUAAGCCUCCUGGCACUCAAGAGACCAAAUCAGAAAACCCCCCGCCCCAGGCUUCCCAGUAAGGCUGACCUGACCGGCCCUGGAUCCGCCGUCCAUAGGCCCGUGGGUGACACUCGCUGUGUCAGAUCACUAUUCACAGGAGAGGAAGGAGGAGAUAUAACAAACAUUCUCACGCCAAUUCCUAUUUCUCAACCACAAUGAUCUGAGUUGCUUUCUUUUCCUUUUGCCUUUUGUUUCUUUUGUAACUGAGAGGAUUGUUCCAAAUAAAAGUCCAUGACCCUCCCCCGGAGGCCUUCACGGGUAACAUAGAUACUGGCACUGAUCGUACUUAAUGCAAGAGCAGACGCUAAUGCUUCUCCCGGCACGGUGUCCACCACGUGUUUGUUCGUUUCCUUUUCCCCCCCACCCCCGCAUCAGACGAAGGCCACCUCGUCAAUAUGCCCUCAGUGCUCAGGAUCCCGUUAUAUGCCGAACCGAACCACAGAUGACUUUUUACUAUUGUAAAAUAUUUUCUGCUUUUUGACUUGCAUCUGAGAGUUUCUUGUUUCAGUAAAAAAAUAAAAGAAAAGAAAAAUACCCACUUUGGGAAAAUGAUUUAAAUGUACCUUUUUGGUGUGUUUUUUCCUUCACUUUUUCUUUCAUUGGGUAACAGCCAAGAGGGCCCAGCAGUAUAAUUGCUGGGCGAGCUAAUGCCAAUGGGUUCUCCAGCCCAUGUUGGUGCAACUGAGCCCGAGUUGGUGCAAUUGAGCCUGAGUGCUGAAACAAGAAAUGUCUUUGUGUCAUCGAAGUCACCAAGCAGAUUUUUAUGUAAGAACGACACUUGGCCCCUUGAGAAUGUAUGCAUUUGUAAAAUUGCUGUUGAUCCAAAUAUUUUCAAGCCAUGUAAUCCAUUUCUUUUGUGUGCAGUUUAAUAAAUCUGAAACUCCUUUGUGUUUGUUUUUUUUUUAUUGUAUCUGCGUUGUCCGUUGUUUCUUUUCAUCAUAUAUUGCUUGUAUAAUAAUUUGUAAAGCCCUCGCCUGGUUCUUUUAUGGGUUUUUCUUUCUUUUUUUUCCCCUUUGGGGGCAAUGCCAGUGUAUUUAUGUGAAACUUUAUAAGAGAACUAAUUUUUCCAUUUGCAUAUUAAUAUGUUCCUCUACACAUGUAAAGACACAGUGGCUCCGUGUGUUAUAAAACAGCUGUAUUUUAUGUAUGCUUUACUGAUAAGUGUGCCAAUAAUAAACUGUGUUAAUGACCA